CUGUUUUGACAGGUUAUCAUGACGUAUUACAAAUUAUUGUUCGCUCUUUAAACGGACAUGUUUGUUGAUCUUAAUUUUUAUGCCCCCCUUCGAAGAAGAGGGGGUAUAUUGCUUUGCUCAUGUCGGUCGGUCCGUCCACCAGGUGGUUUCCGGAUGAUAACUCAAGAACGCUUGGGGCUAGGAUCAUGAAACUUCACAGGUACAUUUAUCAUGACUCGCAGAAGACCCCUAUUGAUUUUGAGGUCAAAGGUCAAGGUCACAGGUGAAGGUCACAGUUACUGGAAAUAGGCAUUAUAAGGAUAUAGCAUGGUUCAAACAAGGGAAACAACUACCGUUUAUGCAUGUCCUUUUUAUUACAUCAUUUGCCUCCCUUUAAUUCAUUUAAAAUCUCAUUUUACAGCAGAGAUUCCAAAUCUGACCUGUAAAUGAGCCCCAUAUUUACUGCCAGUGCUAGGUUACCUUUUCCCAUUUGAUCAUUCUUAAGUAUUGGUAUUGAAAUGCUGCUGCUACUGCUACUUCUACUACUACUACUUCUACUACUACUACUACUACUACUACUACUACUACUACUACUACUACUACCAGUGAUUUUUUUUGGUAGAAAUUACAGCCGAUAUUCGGCUGCUUCCCAAUUGCCGAAAAUGAUCAUUUUUUCCCAAAAUUCAUGUAAUUUUUCCCAAAAUACAAGUCUUUUUUCCCAAAAAAAAGAAAUAACAAACAAUUAUUUCGAUCUUUUUCGAUCGCAACAAACAGGUUCCAUGCUUAGUGGGAGUAAACACCGAUAUCCCGUUUGACAAUUUUGAAGCCGAAAUUGAUCAUGUUCGUAACGUAAUUUCGGUUUUCGCGCGCACUAAUUUUGCGACAUCAAUUUUUUACGACAAUACGAACGCUAGGUAAAGAAUUCUUUACGAUGUUUGCAUUCGCCAAGCUGUUACCGAUCAACAAAAUGUGAAAAAGACAAAUGUCUCACAAUAGUAAAUAUUACUUAAAAAAACUAACUGGAACAAAAACCGCAAACGACCGCAAAAUUACGUCGUUUUUACGAGUUUUGCCAAGACACAGCGAGGACAUUAAUGUCAUAACUGCUUCGACAUCUUCCGCUGAAAGUAACAAACAGGAUGGAGAUAAAAAUAAACCCACGGCAAAUCCGGGCCAAGCUCCCGAAAUCAACCAGGUCCCCCCUAAAUCCGCGUCAGAUAUGGACCAAGCUUCCCAAAUCAACCAAGUUCCAUCUCAACAACUGUCAGAUCUGGGCCAAGCUCCCCAAACCAACCAAGUCACUUGUCAACCAGUGUCCGGUACGUUGCAAUCUCACCAAGCCUUUGACAUGGUAUGUUCAAGUGAAAUUUGUCAUGAAAUUAGUGGCUUAGCAGCUGCACAGUCCAAAAAAUCUAGUCCAAACUUUGUGAAAGACACUUGUGUUGAGGUCAGGAUGGUUCCUGACAACAGGCAUUUUGCGCCAUUGAAAUAUGAAAAAGACUUUCAUUGGCUGUACUUCAGUGUAGUAAAGGAGGGUUACAUAUGUAAAGUAUGUGAACUUUUUGGUACCACAACUCAUGCUAACCCACCGUUUGUUCAAAGUGGUGUAAAACUUGGAACACAUCCCACAAGAAAAUUGCGUAUUCAUGAAAACAGUCAGUACCAUAAAUUUUCGGUUGAACGAUAUUCAAAAGCAAAGUCCAAUGUAAAUGUCAUGCGACAACUUACAAGUCAUCUCGAAACAAAUAAGCAAAAAAAUAGGUCAGCACUGAAGAAAGUUUUCAUGGUCAUUGAUUUCAUGAUAAAACAACAGUGGGCAUUAACUGAAAAUGUUGAAAAAUUUGUCAGAUUUGUUGCUGAUCUGGGAGUAGAAGAGUUGAAAGCCUUUCUGUCUACUGAGCAGAUUUCGUACUUGUCGUCUUCACACAUGGUUCUUUGUUUGUCAGACUAUCUAGAGCGUCAGAUUCUAGACAAAGUCAGAAAAAGUGACAUAGAAAUACUUGCAGACGAAAGUACUGAUAUAGCCAACAGGAGUCAGAUGAGCGUGAUGGUCAGAUUUAGUGAUGGACCAACAGUUAAAACAGAAUUUCUUGGUUUCGUCCAUCUGCAAAAAGGAACAGCUGAGUGCAUUGCCGGCGCUUUACAUUCAUUCUUGAUCGCCAAGCAUAUCGACACUGCAAGGAUGAUGUUUAUGGGCUUUGAUGGUUGUAACACCAUGAGUGGUGUACAAACAGGAGUGUAGAGAUGACUGAAGCACAUAAACCCUUUUGCUGUGUAUCUAAACUGUCGCAAUCACAGGCUAGCUCUAUGUUUGUGUCAUCUAAUAAAGCGCUACCCUGUAUUGCAAGAUGUUGAUGGAGCUCUGCUUGCAUUAUGGAAGGUGUUUGAAUUUUCUCCGCAAAAAAUGGCGGUUUUCAAACACAUUCAACAAGUGUAUGGGGAGGUGCCCUUGACACUCACACGGGCUGCCACAACAAGAUGGUUAAGUCAUCUUCAGGCAGCAGCACGCUUUGUGUCAAGGUAUGUCUGCAUUUUGGACACCCUUGAUUCACUGUUUGCAGAGAAGCGGGACCCAGAAAUACAGGGUAUCAGAGCCUGUAUCACAGAGAAGAGAACUGUAGCAACGAUUCUUCUGCUCUGUGACAUCCUGAAGCCAGUCAACAUGCUCUCCUUGUAUCUUCAAGAAGCAACUGUCAACUUCUCUGAGCUACCUGCCCAUGUCAGUAACACAACCGGUCAUCUCUCAUCACUCAUCGAGCUGUACACGACAUUUGCAGGAAACCUGGAGAAUAGUGACACAGAGUUUGCGAAGAGUGAACAUCUCUUCUUUGAAAUAGAUGAACGAACAGACCUCCAAAGGAGAAUGCGGAGAGGGGCUAUGCCACAUAUCACCCCAGACACAUUCUUGACAGAAACUGGAAUCCCACUGAUACAUGACCUAAUCAAAGAGAUCGAGGAUGCUUUUUCUACUGGGGACCCAGUCCUGACGGCAUUUGGGUUCUUCAAUCCAAUGAAUCUCCCAGAAAGUGUUGCAGAUUUACCGCAGUAUGGACAGGAAUCAAUCAGGAAGCUAGUUGAUUUCUACACAACACCAAGAAGGGAUGUCUUUGAAGGCCAUGUAACCGAGAUGCCAGCCAUCUUUGAUCCUUUGAUAUUGGAGAGCGAGUUGAAGACUGUCAAACCUCAGCUUUACAUGCUUCGACGCAAUGGUAAGACGACAGUUGAGGAAAUCCACGCUGAGUUUCACAGGGAUCCAGUUCUUGGGGAGUGCUUUCCUUGUACUAAGCGUCUUGUCCAACUCUGCUUGAUAAUUCCUCCCUCCACAGCACCAGUGGAAAGAAGCUUUUCCCUUAUGUCAAAUGUUGUUACCAAGAAGAGGAAUCGUCUUUCACAGCAACAACUGGAUGCACUGAUAAGGAUUACUCAUCAGAAAAAAGAACUUUCUGACCAGGAUCUUGAAGACAUUGUUGACAUUUUCAAAAGAAGAGAAAAAUGUGCCUUUAAGUAAAAAUCAUACUUAAAGAUUACCAAGGUCAAAUUUAUAGGUUAUGAUAAUGAGAACACAUAAUAAAAAAUAAUUAAUCUAUAAAAAUAAUGGAAAUUGUUAACAAAAUAAUUUAGAAAACUAAUUAAUGACUAUGUGUAUGCAUUAUAAACAUUAUUUUUAUA